UGGAGCAAACAGCAAAAAACACAAGCAGGAAGAUUUUAUAAUGUUGUAAAGACGUUUAAAUAGAGGUCUAUUUUUGUCACUAAGGUUUAUAAAUAAUAAGUGUAACUAGGUUGGUGAGUUAGGUUGUGGGUUUUCAAUCAUUGCGAAGUCGCAGUGAAUGAUGAAAACAUCUCAGUCUGAGACUGAAGUUGGAUGAAGAUGGACAAAAACAGAGGCUCGGUUUUGGAGGUAAAUCGCAGUGGUCUGGUCACUAAAUCAGUGAAACGGCUGCUGAAUGAGUUCCAGUGUGUGUAUGGAGAGAAGCUCAGACGCCUUGAGGGUGAAAUUACAGGCUCCCAAGAGGAGAUUUUGCGGAUGAAGGUCCGGAUCCUGCACUCUUAUAUAAAUGACCUGAGUGACCAGAAUCAGAUCUUGCUCCACACAGUGGAGGAGUUGGAGAUGGAAGCGAACGAGAGAGUUGCUGGCUUGAAAGCGAAACUGCAGACUUCAGAAGAAGGCAUUAACGAUUUGGCCAAUCGGAGGCGGUGCCUCGAGGAAGACAACAAGCACCUGAGAGCUGAGAUACAGCAGCUGAAGGCUGACACUCGAACCCUUACACGUGUAAUUCAAAAGGCUCAGCAUGCACACGGCCUGGACGUCACAGGGCUCACAUUAAGGACACAGACACUGGAGAGCAUCACGGACCAAUCAGCUCGCAGCACCCUGCUAUCGCAGAAGCCAGGCGGCUUUAUAAAGGCUCAGGUGGAGGAUCUGCAGAAUCAGCUGAAGACCAAAAACAGGAUUAUUCAACGUCUGGAAGAGGAAAUUAAGACGCUUUUGUCCCACAGAGUCCAGGAGAAGAAUAAGGGCAAGAGGGUUGCAGAAGCUUUGGAGGAGGUGUGUAAAGAGGAGGUGUGUAAACCGAGUGUACUGCAGAAGCGAACACACACUGAGAUGCACCAGACAGAAAGCAGGCUCUCUGCGGACCGGAAGCGACUUGAGAAGACCAAGAAGCAGCUCACAGAGCUGAAGAAAGAGGUGGAGAAGUUACGUGAAGAGACCACAAAGUGUGAAGUGCUGGUGAAGGAGAAGGCUGAGGAGCUUCAGAGAGUCCUCUCUAAGAAGAGGAACCUGGAGAUGGAGCUCGUGAUAAUCACUGAGAAACACAGAACCGCUCAACGUGAGGUGUCCGACCGUGAUCAGGUGAUUCUACAGUUGAGGGCAGAGCUUCAAGUCUCAGGAGAGAAGAACCAGGGAGUGCAGGAGAAGCUGGGGCUGCAGGAGGCCGAGGCCAGCAGGCUUAAUGAGAAGGUGAGGAAGCAGCAGGCCCACUUACAGGAGCUGAGAGAGAUGUGUCGCCACGGAAACGCCCGGAUGGACCACGAACAGCAGAAAACACAGCAGCUCGAGAGUCAGCUCCAGCUCACCCAGCAGCAGCUGAAGCGGCAGGCCGAGCGUGCGGAGCGUCUGCAGGAGGAACUGACUGCCUCACGGCUCGACCACACCGCCGACGCAGAGCGCUGGACUCAGAGGAACCUUCUUCUGCACAGAGAGGUCCACCAGCUCCAGGAGCAGAACAUCCAGCAUACACAGGUCCUCGGAGAACUCGAAGAGAAGCUCAAAGACGCCGAGCACACACGGCACCUCGCCCAGGAGAAGGUCACAGAGUGUGAGGAGUUCCUGAAGAAACGGGACACGGAGAUUAAACUUCUGAACCAGCAGCUGGAGGAGAUCCAGGACGAAGUGCAAAUGAGCAGGAACUCGUCUCAGAGUCACCGUUCUGCGCUGGACAUCUUCAAACAGAAAUACACCACUGCCAUGGAGAAGGUCCAACAACUGCAGGUCCGGAUCCUGAGAGCAGAGGAAGAGGCAGAGCUUUCUCAGAAGCGGGUUGCAGAGGCCCGAGCUGAAGUUUGCACUUUAAGAGUUGAAAUGUCCAGUCUCAAGUCUCGCUACGAGCAGAAAGCGAGGCAAGCGGAGCUCUCCGAGGAGGCCACGGAGCUGCUCACGGACGAGCUUCAUGCAGCGCUGGCCAGCCUGAGGAGCCGAGAGGAGAGAAACCUGCACCGCCAGGACGAGACGGAGAAACUACGAGUCCAAAUGGACAGUCAGCAGAAACGGCUCGAGAAGGAGGUGGCUCUGGUGAAAGCUGAGCUGCAGAACACAUUCCUGACUCUCCAAACCAGAAGUGAGGAACUGCAGGAGAUUCAUGAAGAGAUGCAGAAAGUGACUGAGGAGAAGAACCAGAAGGAAAAGGAGAACCAGGUCAUGAGGAAAGAGCUCAAGCAGCUGGAUCAUCAACUUCAGCAGCUCCUCCUCUUAUUCACAGAUGCAGGCAAGAUAGAAGCUGAUACUGUACUGGAGCAGGAAGACGGUGCUGUUUCCUUACCAUCAUUUCUCAAGAGGACAGAACAGCAGCUGAGUGACCAUCCUGAAGAGGACAUCCAUCAACUCACCUGGUUACAGUCGACUGUAAAGAAGCUUCGAGCCAAGGCCUGGGUUUUUCUGACGUCUCUGGAGGAAGCUGUAGAAGAGGCAGCAAUGCAGCGGAGACUCGUCUGUGAGACAGCAAGAGAAAGGGAUGAGGCCAGACAGCAGCUGCAGCAGCUGGAACGGAAUCUGGAGGAAACCCGGACAGAAAACUCUCAAAUUCAUCAGGAGAGAGAACAGCUGGUGACCAACAUCAACCUCUGGAUCACCGAGCAUAAGGCUGCUAAUGAGAGUCUGGCUGGAUGGAUCAAACAGCAGAAUGAGAUCUUGACCACCGUGAGUCUGGACAGAGAGAAUGCGCACAAGAAGCAGCUGGUCAAUAACUUGAGCAGAAUAGAUGACAUCCAAUCAAGGCUGAGGUCCAACAUGCUGUCUGUCAAGCUGCUAAAUCAACAGCUGAGCAGUGUAAUCGAGGAGGACAAGAAGAACAGGAAGCUGCUGGAGCAUGAGAGGAAAAGGCGCGCACAUCUGGAGCUGUUGCUGGGCUUGAGGGUCAACCGGAGCAUGGUCCCUCUCCUUUCUGUUCCAGCUCUCGAGCCCUCAGACCUGGAGCAUGACCAGAUCAAGUUGGUUUAAGAGCGGUUCUUGGCACAGCUCAGAGGAACACGUGAGAAGAGCCUAAAGUCUGCAUUACAAUGGUGUCAAGAAUCUCUUCAGCUACCAACCACAUUACCAAGAACCUACAGCUCUCUCACAGAGAGGUCAUAUUCAUGGCAGACACUGCAAACAACCAGUUAAGAUUUUCCCACGGCCCACUGGCAAACACGCAAGGGUCGCACACACUUACUUUCCACUAAUGUCUUUGAACAAAAGCUCAUUGUUGCUUAAAAGUUGGUUGGAAAUGUGUAGACACAGAAAUACAAAUGGGUAGCUCGUAACUGCAAACAUCACAAUCCUGAGGUGAACACAUUCAGUUUAACGGGAAAGAUGAACUUUCAAUUAUGUCAUUUUCAACAUUUCCAUCUUCAAGCUACAAAGAGGAAGAAAAACAUGGACGCCUCCGUGAAGGAUCGUCUUUUGAGCAUUCUAUCCAAACACCAAGAGCUAGCCAACGAAUAUUAAUUACCAUCUCAACACAAACCUCUACGUCCAGUCUUAAAGAUUAAACCAAAUAAUGUGUUGAUGUUUAUCAAUCUAAAGCAAAUACGACCAGAAUCUCAUUUAAAAGUUAGCGUGUUGAUUUGAUUUAUUUAUUGUUGUCAUGAGGCCAUGUGCUAAACUCAGGGUUGAGAACAUCAAGUUUCUGAGUAGGAAUUUUAAGGUGAUGGGGCAUUUUUGUUCCGAGAUUUAAUUGGAUGCUUUGUGGGCGGAGCCUCUGAGCCAGAGCUCGACACUCAUACUACCGAGUGACAAUUUCAGAAACGGUGCCAAAUGGUAUUUAAAUUUUAUGCAAAUUAGAUGUGACUCAUUAAGGCAAUUGGCGUAAAUGAUUCCUCAGACCAAUACCAUGCUGUUCGUGAUCUGAUACAACUUUGGUUCUUACCUUCAGUUAAUUCCCAUUUAGAGUUUGAAGCACAAAAAUGGAAGGAAAACCAUGGUUUCAGUUUAUCCCGUCAUUUACAGCCUCUCAUUAAAUAUGUAAAGAGAUGGUAUGGAAAAGUAAAGCUUGGAAGGAAGCAGCAGAGCUCGUUCGUGAGUCUGGUGAGGGCUUUCACAUCGACUUGACUGAUCAGGGAGUUAUUUAAUUUGUGUUUAACUACUUAUCAUUAGAAGGUUAUACAGUACCAGUCAAAAGUUUGUACACCCCUACUAAUUUAUAGGUUGUUCUGUAUUUUGACUGUUUUCUACACUGUAGAAUAAGAGUGCUCUGAGAGCACAAUAUCCCCCGCUGGCAACUCUGCCAUAUCUCUGGUAAAAUGCGACUGAAUUGAACAAAAUUACAAUAUGUGUAUUACCGAUGUAUAACAAAGAAUCCUGCCAAGUUUCAUGAAAUCCCUCCAAAAAUUGUGAGAGGAGUUGAUGUCAGAAGGUGAGUACCCUUCCCGGGACGGACGGACAGAUAUCGCCACGACAUAAUCCCCCUUCAGGCCUUUUGUUCAGCGGGGGAUAAAAACUUUUUGCCAAAUUACAUGAAAUUCCUCCAAAAAUUUUGAGGGAAGUUGAUUUCAGAAAGCAAGUGCACCUUGAUGAAAUUGCCAAAGUACAAGUUUGUUAAUAAUCAAGGGCAUAACUCUGGGAAAAUUUGCCCAAAUUAAAUUAAAUUUCAGUCUGCGUAUAACUGUCAUAUAACAAAGCCUUUUGCCAAGUUUGGUGAAAUUCCUCCACAAACUGUGAGAGGAGUUGAUUUCAGAAGAACGUACACCCUCAUGGAAUUGUCAAAGUACAAGUGAUUUAAUCAAGGGUCAAAACUCUGGGAAAAUGCGGGGUGUCGUGGCUCAGGUGGAUAAGGCGCCAUACCAUAAAUCCGGGGACCCGGGUUCGAUUGCGGCCCAAGGUCAUUUCCCAAUCCCUCCCCGUCUCUCUCUCCCGCUCAUUUCCUGUCUCUAUACUGUCCUAUCCAAUAAAGGUGCAAAAAGCCCAAAAAAUAUCUUUAAAAAAAAAAAACUCUGGGAAAAUGUUCACAAACGAAAUUAAAUCACAAUCUGCGUAUUACCUUCAUAUACCGUAACAAGGCCUUUUGCCAAGCUUCGAGAAAUUCGUGUAAAAAUUGAGAGGAGUUGAUGUCAGAAGACAAACACACCUUCAUGAAAUUGUGAAAGUAUAAGCUUGUUAAUCAAGGGCCACAACUCUGGUAAAAUGUGACCGAAUUAAAUGAAAUAAUGUGUACUACAGACACAUAACAAGGCCUUUUACCAAGUUUGGAGAAAUUCCUCCACAGAUUGUGAGAGGAGUUGAUUUCAGAAGGAAAACACACCUCCAUGAAAUUGUCAAAGUAUAAUUUUGUUAAUCAAGGGCUGUAACUGGCAAAAUGUGACCGAAUUGAACGAAAUUACAAUCUGUGUAUUCCCGACAUAUAACAAAGAAUCCUGACAAGUUUUGUGAAAUUCCUCCAAAAAUUGUGAGAGGAGUUGAUUUGAGAAGGUGAGCACCCUUCCCGGGACGAAUUGACGGACAUUGCCACGACAUGAUCUCCCUUCGGGCCUUUUGGCCAGCGGGAAAUUAAACUGAAGACGUCAAAACUAUGAAAUAACAUCUGGAACAUAUAUGGAAUUAUGUGGUAAACGAUACAAGUGUGGGGAAAAAAAACCCCCAAACAUUCAAGUCUUCAAAGUAUCCGGUGUUCACCUUGAUGGUGCUUUGUACACUACUGGCAUUAUCUUGACCAGCUUCAUGAGGUCACCUGGAAAGCUUUUGAAUUACCAGGUGUGUCUCGUCAAAGGGUAAUUAGUGGACAAGUUUCUUGCUUUCUUAAUGGGUUUGCAAUCAAAUAGUAAAUUACAAGCAUACAAAUAAUAAAAUAGCCCUAUUCCCUAUUCCACAACUGUAGUAAUCCAUAUUAUGUGAAGAACCGAACAAAUAAGUAAAGAGAAACGACAUCCAUCAUUACUUUAAGACCUGAAGCGACAAUUAAUAAAAACAAAUGAAAAAACAAACAAACAUUGAAUUCAAAGGUGUGAACAAACUUUUGACUGGUACUGGUGUGUGUGUGUAAGUAAAUUUAUCUUAAAAUAUGGUCUGAUCUUGAUCCAAGUUACAAAAAUGAACAAACGCAAUCUGUUUUUACUAACAACACACGAAGUAUUGCUUUGUUCCUGUCCAUAAUGAAUACAUCACUCAGUGUAAGUGAGAAAACCUAUUCCAAAGGGUUCACUUACUUUUUCUUGCCACUGUAAGGUGACCGUUGUAUUGAAGCAAAUCCUUUACCCCAGAACCCGGUCUCAUCCUACAUCAAAGUCUGCUUCUGCUCCUGAAGUGCCACAGAACAGCACAGGUCAGUGUUUAAACUGCUUGGAAGUCUAUGGAGAUGUUCCAUCACCGUGUGUUUUAUCACCAGGAAGCAGUAAAUCUCCUGUUCUGGUCAGUUCUGUGCUCUCAGCUUCACACCACCUGCACAGUCUCUCUCACUCCCUCACACUAAAUAAAUAAAUUAAUAAAUAAUGGAAGUCCGGACAGAAUAUAUACACAACUUUAAAAAAAAAAAAAAAAAAGUCCUUGAACCAUCACAUUGUCAUUGAUUUAUAAUGACAUGCUGAGCUCAUGCAGACGUGCCGUGUUGUCCCCCACCCCAGCUCGGAAAUCCAGAGCAGAGAAGCAUUUUUAAUUCAUGAGUUAGCGGUCAGUAAGGUGUGUUUUCCACCCCUGUUUGGGUGUGUGUGUGAGAGUAGUAAGGGGCCCAGGGCUGUAUAUUUUAUGCUGAAAAUGAGCUCUCAUCUGUGCGCAGUGAUUGUGCUCAUAAAUAAGUGAGGGGAUGAAUCACCUGCUGUCUGGGCCGUGCAUGUUGAUAAUGCAUUGUUAUUGUGGGUCCAUUUGUACAGUGCUGCCAGUCGCUCUGCAUUUCCCGACUUCACUUCACACGCUCGCUCGUCUUGGAGAGAAUCCCUCUAAUCAAACAUGUUGACUUCAGUCAAUAUGAUCAUUUUUCUCACACUGACUUUUUUUUUUUAAGUUUACCAAGAGAGUUUUUCAUGUAAAAAUAUGGACAGCGAGGUACAGAACAUGUGAUCCUAGGGCUGAGUGAUGCGAUGGUAUAAUAUUGAUAUUGUGAUAAAUUAUGUCACAAAAGGCUUUUCUGAGAUAUCAUGAC